GGUGGUUUUGCAUUGGGACUCAUAUCUAUGUAAGUCAUAUAUUGGAAUCGUUAAGGAGAACAUGUAUGUAUGGCUUCAACCCGGUAUUGAACCUAGUCAAAGACCUCAUCUUAAUCUCACGAUAUCUCACAUCAAAACAUCUCGUUCUGGAACCCCACAAGGGCUUUCCCACAAUACACCAAAGUCUUUCAUACCCAGCCAUUGAUCGAUCCCUCACGCCCCAAAUUAUCCACCGCCUCAUCACCGGCGGCAGUUCAGGGGUUGGUCCAUACAUCACCCACGCUCUUUUGCCAAAUCCGGGUCUAUCAAGAUACCUAGUCAUCAUCGGACGAACCUCGUCAUCUCUCUCAUUACCACCCAGAAAGAGAUCGAGAUUCAAGCACUCAAGAGUCUCGAUCCUCGCCCUCCGCACAGAUAUCCUAGACCAGGCCUCUGUUAACCAAGUCUUCGAAACGACCCAUUCCACUUUCGGCCCUAUUGAUAUAUCCUCGUCGCGAACGCGGGGUACCUUAUCUGCCAGAUAUCGUUCCUGUCACGAGCUGCGCUGACGUUGAUGAAUUCAUGAAAAGCUUCGAUGUAAACGUUAGGGGGGAUCUGAUUCUGGGCCAAAAUUUCCUUGCUCAUGUUGCUAGAAACCUCGCGCUGAUCCUAGUAAGCACUGCAGG